AUAGUUGGUAUGCACACACAAAACAAGGCCAACCAGAGGUAGCCACUUAGAGGUUGUGAAGCAGCUUCUUCAGUGAGUGCUUUUCUGAUACCCAAUGGCAUCACUUGCUCUUGUCAAAUUCCUGCUCUGCUUCCUUAUAAUAUGCCUCUUCAACUUUCUACCUCUAUGCCAAGGUAACAAUGAAUAUAGGUACCCUUUUAUAAGAAAAGCAAGUUCAUUUUCAUCAACCACCAAAAUAAAGAAUGGUUAUGACUACAUAAUAGUAGGGGGGGGAACAGCAGGGUGUCCUUUAGCUGCAACACUAUCUAAGAAAUUCAAUGUUCUGAUGCUUGAAAGAGGAGGAGUCCCUUUCACCAACCCUAAUGUCUCAUUUCUUGACAACUUUCACAUUACUUUGGCUGACACGUCACCAACUUCAGCUUCCCAGUUCUUCAUUUCUACAGAUGGUGUGUUCAAUGCAAGAGCAAGAGUUUUGGGUGGUGGUAGCUCCAUUAAUGCUGGCUUCUACACUAGAGCAAGCCCAAGAUUUAUAGAGAAGGUGGGGUGGGAUGCAAAGCUGGUAAAAAAAUCAUAUAAUUGGGUUGAGAAGCAGAUUGUUCACCGGCCAACAUUUUCACAUUGGCAGAGAGCAUUGAAGGAAGGUCUUCUAGAUGCUGGUGUCUCUCCUUUUAAUGGAUUCACAUAUGAACACAAAUAUGGUACCAAAGUUGGUGGAACCAUUUUUGAUAGAUUUGGUCGCCGCCACACUGCUGCUGAAUUGCUUGCUUCUUCAAAUCCUCACAAACUCACUGUUUUGACCUAUGCUACUGUCCAAAACAUUGUUUUUGAUACAACAGGAAAAAGAGCAAAAGCUAUAGGGGUAAUUUUCAAGGAUGAAAAUGGGAAACAGCAUAAAGCAAUUCUAGGAAAUGAUAGGAAGAGUGAAGUGAUUGUGUCAAGUGGUGCAAUUGGGACUCCUCAAAUGUUAUUGCUAAGUGGAAUUGGCCCAAAAGAAGAACUUAAGAAGAUGAACAUUCCUGUGGUACUUGAUAACCAUUUUGUUGGGAAGGGUAUGGUUGAUAAUCCAAUGAAUACAAUUUUUGUUCCACUUAAGAAAGCAGUUAAGCAGUCACUGAUUGAAACAGUUGGUAUUACAAAUAAGGGUGUGUAUAUUGAAGCUAGCUGUGGGUUUGGACAGUCCAAAGACAGCAUUCACUGUCAUCAUGGUAUGUUGUCAGCUGAGAUUGGACAACUCUCCACAAUUCCUCCAAAGCAAAGAACAGCAGAAGCUGUUAAAGCAUUUGUGAAAAACAAGAAAGACAUUCCAGUUGAAGCAUUCAAAGGAGGCUUCAUCUUAUCAAAAGUUGCAAGUCCUUGGUCAACAGGAAAUCUCAAAUUGAUCAACACCAAUGUGGAAGACAACCCUGCUGUUACCUUCAAUUACUUCAAUCAUCCUUAUGAUCUUCAACGCUGCGUCGAAGGUAUUCGCUUAGCAACAAAGGUUGUUCAGUCACAACACUUCACAAACCUCACUUUGUCUGACAGAGAAACUGCAGAACAAUUUCUUAACAUGACUGUGAAGGCUAAUAUCAACCUCAUACCGAAGCAUGUCAACGAUACGAAAUCACUAGAACAGUUUUGCAGAGACACUGUGAUCACUAUUUGGCACUAUCAUGGUGGAUGCCAUGUAGGGAAGGUAAUUGAUUCUGAUUAUAAGGUUCUUGGUCUUAACAGAAUUCGUGUCAUAGAUGGUUCCACUUUUACUGAGUCACCAGGAACCAAUCCUCAAGCUACUGUCAUGAUGAUGGGAAGGUAUAUGGGACUGAAGAUUUUAAGAGAUAGGAUGGGGAAAUUUGUUGGUGUUUGAGGAGAAGUAUGUAAUGUGGUAUUGGAGGGAUCAUCUCAAGAAAAAUGAAAAGAACAAAAAAAUGUGUUACAAGAAGACUAGAGCAUUAUUAGUUUGACUUGAAUUAGUGUAUCUUGUUUUUUUGUUAAUCCUGAGUGAAGAGUGAUUAUUGAACAAUCAUGAAAGUUUUGGUUUUUAGAAGUAUGUAACUCUUCAUGGACA